AUGUCUGUUACCCUCGAAGAAUCCCUGGCAACCAACAUCAACGUCCCCAUCGACCCGGUCUUCGUCUCACAAGCGCUGUCGCGUGACCCGUGGAAGCAGGUCGACCAUGUUCCCAACUGUCGAGACAUCGCCGUAGAAGGCAUGCGGAAGAACUAUGUCUUCCGCUCUGACACCCUCGAAUUCACCUCUGAGCAGGGAAAGCAGGACCUCGCUGCCAUCGGAGUCAAAACCAUCUUCGACUUGCGCUCCACGGCAGAGAUCGAGGCCAAUUCAAAUCCACGGAUUAAGGGUACUAGAGUCCAAGAAGUUGCAUUGACGGCGGCUACUACGCCCGCUGGUGCCCCCAAGUUCACUGCACUGCCCGAAGUGUACAUGGACAUGCUCACCUCGCACAAAGCCACCUGGACCGCAAUUCUCAAGCACAUUGGGGAUGACAGUGGUGCCUGCCUGAUGCACUGCACAGGCGGCAAAGACCGCACUGGUGUAGCUGCGGCUCUGAUCUUGAGCCUCGUGGUUGCCUCUCAUGAAGACAUUGCAGACGAGUACGCGCCCAGCAGACUGGGCAUUGAGCCAGCUCGCGAAGCACUGACUGCGAAGAUUACUUCGCUUCUAGAGGUCCCAUCCUGCUGGGACGCGAGCUGCCUCUUGGUCACGCACUUGCUCCUAACCUCCGAUGUCCGGGCCGGCUGCCACUCCUAA